AUGAAUCCUAUUGGAGAUAAGUCACUAUCUGAAUCUGCCAUUGAUCAAAUUGGUAUGGAAAUGGAACAAAUCACUCCUCCCAACUAUGUGGCCUUGAGAAACAAGAGAAGAAGAGAAGAUGAUACGAAUGUGGACCGAUUUGACGUUUUUAGAGAAGAGAUAAAAACACUCAUUUUAACAAUGUUUAAAUCGCAAGAAAGUGGCUCCAAAAAGCUUGAAUCCACUCUUACCGAAAUAAGUAAGACAAACACAAAUAUCCAGACAACUAUGUCCUUCCUCGCUGAACAGAAUGUAGAACUUAAAAAGAAGUUAGAACUUCUCGAAAUAGAAAGGAAAAAGGACAAGGAACAUAUUUCUAUUUUGGAGGGACAGCUAGAAGACUUAAAAAGAGAUAGAUUGAAGAAUAACAUUGAAAUAAAAAAUGCACCCAAGGCUGAUAAGGAAACAAAAGAAGACCUUAUAAUUAUGACCUUAGAGUUGGCUAAAUCAGUCAACUGUCAGUUGAGUGAAAAAGACAUUAAUGAUAUUUACAGGAUAAGAUUUAAGAGGGAGGGAAAUGCUAGUUCCCCUAUAAUAGUUGAAUUAAGCACUACCUUAUUAAAAAUGAAGUUUCUACAGGCCUGUAAAACAUACAACUUGAAGAACAAGGAUAAAUUACGAGCUAAACACCUAGGACUAAAAUCACAAGGUCAAGAAAAUAUCCCUGUCUACGUAGCAGAACAGCUGACCGCCUCCAGGGCUCGGCUGUACUUCCUUGCUAGAGAUCUAAUGAGAUCAAAAUCUUAUAAGUUUUGCUGGACUUCCUAUGGCCGUGUCUACGUCAGAAAAUCUGAAAAUUCACCCAUUAUCACUAUAAAUAAUGAAGCAAUCGUCCAAAAACUACUAGGAGAGCAAUGA